CGGUGGGAGCUGGAACAGCAGCAACUGCUCCUACCACAUCGCAGCUCCUGCCCAGGAACCAGCUCUGCUGCCAGCACGCCCCUCCGAAGGCACAGGUGCCUCGGCUUCAAAAGUCCUAGAAGGUCGGUGGUACAUCCAGGAGCCAAGCAGCUGCUUUAUUUUUUUCUUCUUUUCCUGCCAAGAACAUCUGUCUGAGGACUCCGCUCCUUUUCCUGGACUGAAACAGUGUAUUCACCUCCUGCUGUCUGCACUCCCCUUCUGAUCCCAGUCCUGCCCGUGGGGGCCGUGCCCGUAUGGAUGCCCCCGUGCAGAUUUUCCGGGAGGAGCCGGACUCCACUUGCUCCCCGGGGCCCUGUCGUCCCCCCAGCACCAGCAGCAGCUGGCUCCUGGGCUGGGGGGACUACGACAGCAACACCACCGGGGCCUUUGGGGACGCCCAGCACAACCACACCAGCAUCUCCCCCGCCAUCCCCAUCAUCAUCACUGCUGUCUACUCGGUGGUCUUCGUUGUCGGCUUGGUGGGAAACUCGCUGGUCAUGUUUGUCAUCAUCAGGUACACAAAGAUGAAGACAGCAACCAACAUCUACAUUUUCAAUCUGGCUAUGGCAGAUGCGUUAGUUACCACGACUAUGCCAUUCCAAAGCACUGAGUACCUGAUGAACUCUUGGCCCUUUGGUGAUGUGCUGUGUAAAAUAGUUAUUUCAAUUGACUAUUAUAACAUGUUUACCAGCAUAUUCACACUGACCAUGAUGAGUGUUGAUCGAUACAUUGCUGUCUGUCACCCUGUGAAGGCUCUGGACUUCCGUACACCUCUCAAGGCGAAGAUUAUCAACAUCUGUAUCUGGCUGUUGUCCUCCUCUGUUGGCAUCUCUGCGAUAGUUCUUGGAGGUACCAAAGUCAGGGAAGAUACUGCAAGCACUGAAUGCUCCUUGCAAUUUCCAGACAGAGAUUACGUGUGGUGGGACAUCUUCAUGAAAAUCUGUGUCUUUGUCUUCGCUUUUGUUAUUCCAGUUCUCAUUAUAAUUGUUUGCUAUACUCUGAUGAUCCUGCGCCUUAAAAGCGUGCGGCUUCUCUCAGGGUCUCGAGAAAAAGAUCGAAACCUGCGCCGCAUCACCAGGUUGGUUCUUGUGGUUGUGGCAGUUUUUAUUAUCUGUUGGACUCCUAUUCACAUUUUUGUGCUGGUUGAAGCCUUAGGAGAUGUGUCCCACAGUACUGCUGCUAUUUCCAGCUAUUACUUCUGCAUCGCUCUGGGUUACACCAACAGCAGCCUCAAUCCAAUCCUCUACGCUUUUUUGGAUGAAAACUUCAAGAGGUGUUUCAAGGACUUCUGCUUCCCCUUUAAGAUGAGGAUGGACAGGCAGAGCACCAGCAGAGUCAGAAACACUGUGCAAGACCCAACUUAUAUGAGGGAAGGAGAUGGGACGAAUAAACCUGUAUGACUAGUCGUGGAAAUGUCGUCUUACUGUCCUCCAGAGAGAGAAGAGUCCAACGACCUAGGACUGACACAGAUUACCACCGCAGUUUGAACUUGACUCACCCAGACAGACAUUUCUGGAAUAUUUCAGGAAUCCCAAUUGUUUGAACUAAAGCAAAUUAAUUAUUGACAAACAAGAACCUCUUGAAAAUAAGCUCAAAUGAAAAGGACCUGGCUGAUGGUCAGGUUUUGGCACCAUGUUUGCUGUACUUGAGCAGGUACUUAUAUAGACUUUUGGGAAGACAGGAGAUAGUGUUGUACCAUCUGACUCUGGAUAAAGAAAGCUCUGGGUUUUCUUUUUACAACAUGUAAGGCUAUAUUAAGCAACACUCAGUCAUAACACUGAGUUAUGCUGGAAACACAGUUUUGCCCCAACAGUGAUGGCUUCUGACAACUUGGGUUUGUCAUACUCUUUAAAGGGUAGAGUGUUGUUUAGGUUUCUGCAGAACAAUGCCAGAGCUAUAAUCAAUAUUGUCCUCAACUAAUAUAUCUGUAACAUUUGUCUGUGCUGUGAAAAUCCAACUUAAGCAUGAUCUGCCUACAUACCAAAGUGAAUUUAUUGUCCGUGUAUGGUAAAGCAUUUUGGCAUUUAAAAUAUUGGGAUUUGAGGAGAAUUGUUAGUAUAUUUUUAGCACAUGUUUAAUCACCUGUGUGUAAUGUUUUCUAUGUGUGAUUUUCCAAGAUGAUUGUGUAUUUAUUGAUUGUGAAUAAUAUAAUAUGCAUUUUCAGAGUGUAUUUUGAAUAAGAGGCUAGGAAAACUUCAAAUACUUCACAUGUUACAAAACUGAUGAAAACCCAUGCCACAUUCAUUACGUGGGGAGAAAGUAUCACAGUCCAUUUUCAGUAAAGGGGACAAACGAUAAUGCUGUGCUUGUUUUCCUGGACAAUUUGUAAGCAGACUAAAAUAAAUAUUUGACGAACUAGAAGCUAGUGAAUUAGAACAUGGAUUAACUGGAUUGAUACAAAAGAAAUGAAGAUUAAAUAUACUGGAUGAUUUAAUGGCA